ACAUUAUUAAUUUUUGGUUUAUGAACGUACUUUAAGUGGAUUUUUCUAAAGAAUUUCCGAGACUCAUUUUUUAAUCCCUUUUAUUCAAUAAUAACAUUGAUUACUUUACAUAAAAAACAUAACACCAAGUCAUUGUUUAUUAAAAAAGUGAUAGAGAGGUAUUUAAAGCAUUCUAACCACAAAGUUUAGAUUUCUUGCAACUUGGAAGCUGUAUUGGGUCGUAAAAUAUUGCUUUAAAAUGUCAUAGUGACACUGACGUUUCUUAUCGAAAUAGUUUGCGCCAGGUUUACGCACGUGGAUAUCUAUAAUUAAAAAAUUAUAGAAAUUUAGAAAUAAAUUUAUUCCUUUACCGGUAUGACUCGAUUUGCUCGAGCUAAAGGUUCUAAAGCCUCAAACGAAAGGGCCCCUGAAGACAGUACACCAUGGGAAGUAAUGAAAGAACAACUUAUGCAGUCGAAAAAAGAAAAAGAGGAAGCGAGCAAAAGACAAGAAGCAGAAAAUCAACGUAUCACAAAUUACGAAAACUUUCUGAAGGAACAGAAAGUGUCCAAGCGAAAAGCCACUUGGUGUGACUUUCCUGAAGAAGUUCCCAAAAAACGACUUUUGCCUCUAAAGCAGCCUACAGAAAAUAACCUUGAAAAAACAUACAAGGAUCAAGUCAAUGGGUCUGUUGAGGGUACAGCUCAAGGAAGAACUAAAAUAAAGAAUAAACUGACCACAGGUAAACCAGAACCUUCUCAUAUUAAUGAAGUAAAUGGGUCUGCUGAAGCUACUAUAGCUCAAGAAAAGAGGAAAAAGAAGAAGAAAAAUAAAAAUAAAUUAUCAGAAACCGCACCAACACAGUCACAUCAGAGUGAUGCUGCACCUCCUGACAUGGCAGCACCACAAACUGAAAAGAAACAGAAGAAAAAGAAUAAAAAGAAGCUAAAGGGUAAUAGCAAUGGAAAUGUCCUACAAUCAGAGGCUUCUAACGCUACUGAGCAUAAAUCCUCUCCAAAUAAGAGCAAUGCAAAGCCUAAUGAAACUGACAAUAAUCUGAAAAAGAAAAAGAAGACUAAAAUGGUUAAUGGUAAACCUAUCAGACGAAAGGAAAUUAAUGACAAGAGUUUUCAACUGAUAAUAAAUACUAAAGAAGUUGAACUGGUUAGGUUUGAUGGUUUCCCAAUAAUGAAAAAAGAUGCUGAGCGUCUCACAGAACUGAAGAAAAGUAUGAUCCAGAAAGGUAUUCCAAAGAGUGAGGUACAGAGGACCAUGAAAUUGGAAAGAAGGAGAGCUGAGAAGGCUCUAGCAAGGUUGAAGAGAGACGUUUGUUACAACUGUAGGAAAGGAGGACAUAAUCUCUCCGACUGCCCUGAACUUAAAUCAAAGAUACCAGGAGUAGAUGCAGCAGAUGGAAUUUGUUUCAAAUGUGGCUCAACAGAGCACAGGCAGUUUGAGUGCAAGGUUCAGAGGGACAAUGAAUUCCGAUUUGCUACGUGUUUCAUUUGUAGGGAACAGGGCCACUUAGCCAGGCAGUGCCCAGACAACCCCAAAGGUUUAUACCCAAAUGGUGGAUCCUGCAAACUGUGUGGAGACGUCACACACUUGAGGAAAGAUUGUCCUACAACGCAAGGCCAAAGGGAAGACACAUCCCUAAAACUAGGCACUCUGGAGAGUGCAGAUAACAUAGAAGAUAUAGGUCACCAGGUAAAAGUUACGAAUUCUACUGAAUCAGCGAAAAAGAAACCCAAGAAGAUUACAUUUUAAUGUUUUUGUCAGUCUCUGUUAAAGUAAAAAAAAAAAACUGAUAAUGUUUAAUUCUCAUUUAAUUCAUACUCAACAUAAUACAAUGGUACACAAUACAAUAUUCUACUCUAAUCACAUAGUCUUUUGUAACAAUAUAUAUUUCGGUAUUAUUUCUAGAAAUAAAUAUAUGUUAUGUAUACAGCAAAAA